AUGUUAUUCAAGUCUUUCGUUACUUUUACUGUCUUAGCCAAUGCUUUGGCUGCUCCAUUAGCUCAUCAACAUCAUCAACAUAAAGAAGAAAAAAGAGCUGUUCAUGUUGUUACCACCACCAAUGUUGUUGUUGUCACUAUUGGUAAUGGUGAUCAAACUACCACUUUUGCUGCUCCAUCUGUAGCUGCUGAAUCUAGUGUUAGUGUUUCUGUCAACACUGAACCACCUCAAAAUCAUCCAACUACUACUCAAGAUGUUGCUUCUGCUUCUACUUAUCCAUCUUCCACUGAUGGUUCUGCCGCUUCUUCUUCUGCUGCCGCUUCUUCGUCUUCUCAAGCUGGUUCUGAACCUUCUGGUGGUGUUGGAUCUGGUGGUGCUAAAGGUAUUACUUAUUCUCCAUACAGUGACAAUGGUGGAUGUAAAUCAGAAUCUCAAAUUGCCAGUGAAAUUGCUCAAUUAUCUGGAUUUGAUGUUAUUCGUUUAUACGGGGUUGAUUGUAGUCAAGUUGAAGCUGUUUUAAAAGCUAAAACUUCAUCUCAAAAAAUUUUCGCUGGUAUUUUCGAUGUUUCUAGUAUUACAUCUGGUAUUGAAAGUUUAGCUGAAGCCGUUAAAAGUUGCGGUAGUUGGGAUGAUAUUUACACUGUCUCUAUUGGUAAUGAAUUGGUUAAUGCUGGUUCUGCCACUCCAAGUCAAAUUAAAGCUUAUGUUGAAGAAGGUAGAAAAGCUUUAAAAGCUGCUGGUUACACUGGUCCAGUUGUUUCUGUUGAUACUUUUAUUGCUGUUAUUAACAACCCAGAUUUAUGUGAUUACUCUGAUUACAUGGCUGUUAAUGCUCAUGCUUUCUUUGAUGGUCACGUUGUUGCUGAAAACUCUGGUGCUUGGGUCUUGCAACAAAUCCAAAGAGUUUGGACUGCUUGUGGUGGUAAAAAGAAUGUUUUAAUUACUGAAACUGGUUGGCCAUCUAGAGGUGAUUCUAAUGGUGUCGCCGUUCCAUCUAAGAGUAACCAACAAGCUGCUAUCAGUUCUAUUAAAUCUUCUUGUGGUGCCUCUGCUAUAUUAUUCACUGCUUUCAAUGACCUUUGGAAGGCCGAUGGUCCAUACAAUGCUGAAAAAUACUGGGGUAUUUACUCUAACUAA